UUCAUUGAUAACGUUUAGCGAUAACUAAACGUUUUCAAAGUCGAUUAUUUAUUUUUGUGUCAUAAAACUAAUAAAUAUCCUGUUUUUACAAUUUAGAUAACGUAAAAUUUGCUUUGUCUUUAAUGCGAGGUGAACCUUGAAGGACUAUGAUGGCGGGUACUAAACUAGAUGUGAUUUGGUCCCCUGUACACUUUGAUAAAUUUAUAAUAUGGGGUCCAGACAUAACCUUAUACGAAGUUGCUCGUUUAAAAGAUAUAGAGAAAAAAACUGCCUAUACCCAAAUAUCGUCAACGCGCGGUGCAACCGUGCUCGCAUCGCAGAGUGCGAGCGGCGUGCGUUGCGUCGACAUCAGCGCUAUAGCGGAGCAGCCAGACCCCCUGCUGGCCCUCGGACACUCUAACGGCAGAGUCUCUCUCACAAGCCUGAAGCAGACCUAUGAUCCUUUAGGAUUAGUUGGCAGAGAAUUUGUUCCUAGGUACCCUAGGCUGUGCAAUUCGGUAUCAUGGAGCCAUGUCGAGACAAACCUGUUGGGCGUAGCUCUGGAGAAGCACCGCAGUGAUCACUGCAUCCUUGUGUGGGACGUCAACCGGGGCUUGCUGCCCGAGGAAUCAACAUUGGAAGUAGCCUCCCCAUCCACUUCAGAGCCAACCAGGCCUAUUGCAGAAAUGGGCCUCUCGGAGACCUGUCACAAUGUCUCUUGGACCAACUCACCUGACAGAACUCUAUUAGCUUCUAUGAACAUGAAAUACAUCAAAAUAUUUGAUCUUAGAGACUUAUCAAACAAGGCAGUAAUGGUAACGACAACCCGGCAUUGCUACGGCGCGUGCGCGGACCCGUACAGCCCGUGGCAAAUAGCGUCCCGCGGCGACGGCUGCGUCUGUGUGUGGGACGCCAGGGCGUUCGACCGGCCGCUGCUGACGCUAUCCGUACCGUCGGCGAUCAAGAUACAGUGGUGUCCUACACGACGAAACCUGCUAAUGUCCCUCCAGCGAGAUUCCACCACGCUCCGACUGCACGACAUACAGCAAGCCAACAACGACUACAAAAACGGACAGACCACUGACCUGCAAGCCCCAGCCAUGGCAGUGGAGGCGGAGUUAGAAGAGUACAGCCGAGGAGUGUCGGUGAUAGAGCGAGACGUAACGCCCGGCUGCGGGACGCUAGCCAGCUUUAGUUGGCAUCCCGCUCAUGCCGUGCGAACUCUAUGUGUCGCUCCAGGCACGAUAACGGACUACACAGUAUGCGAGCGCGUCACGUGCUCGUGGGGCUCCGGGCUGGUGUGGUCGGCGGGCGGCGGGGCCCUCAAGCUCAUGAAGGACGACUUCUACGAGGCUAUAGACGACAUCUCCUUCAAGAUGAGGAGGCGAGCGCUGACGGACUAUGGACUCAAGCCAGACAUGUGGCAGAACGCAGACUUGGCUGAUGACGAGGCUCUUGGUGGGCUAUGGCACUUCCUGGCUCUUAGCAAAUCGCUUGUAGAGGACGGCUGCAUACGCAACAGUCCUUGGCGACACCCGGGCGUGUGCACGGUGCUGCGCGCGCCCGGGGACGGCGGCUACCGCUCCGAACUGGUGCCGUCCCUGCUGCCUGAUCUACCCAGCCGUCGUGUCACAUUAUACAGGAGCGCAGAGCGCACGCGCGCCCUGCAGCUGUGCGGCUGGGGCUGGGGCUGGGAGAACGCGGGCGCCGGCGUGGAGCGCGCCGAGGCCGAGGGCACGCCGUGCCGCGCCGCCGCGCUCGCCGCCUUCCAUCUGCGCCUGCGCGCCGCGCUCGACAUCCUGGCCCGCGCCGCCGCCCCGCAGCUUCGCGUAGUGGCGCUAGCUCUAGCCGGGUUGAGCGAAGAACGUCUCUGGCGAGAGUCCCUCUCUGCUGCAGCACCCGCCCUGCCCGACGCGUACCUGCGCGCCCUGCUGCACUUCCUGGCGGCGUCGUCCUCCGCGCAGCAGCACGCCGCGCCGCCCGACCUGUCCGCCGUGCUGAACGAAACAGAAAUGCGUCUAGAAGACCGCGUGGCGUUCGCGUGCAUGUACCUGUCCGAUGCGCGGCUACACGAGUACAUCCAGCAGAGCGCGGAGCAACUGGUCCAGCGAGGCGACCUGGCCGGCAUCCUGCUCACUGGCAUGGGCCCUUCCGGGGUGACGCUGCUGCAGCACUGGCUAGAGAACACAGGAGACGUACAGUCAGCCGCGUUACUAGCGGCUCGCUGUCUGCCCGCGGACCUAAUACCCACGGCUUGGCUUGACAGUUACCGCUGCAUCCUGGACAGCUGGCAGCUGUGGUGGGCGCGCUGCGCGCUCGAUACGUGGGUAUCGCAGAACGAUUCAAAUGCAGAGGGGGUUCCUAGACAGGUAUCAGUGGCGUGUACAUAUUGUGGCAAGUCGGUGGCGGCGCCGGCCGGACAGAACCGCCCGCGGCCCGCCUUCGCGAGGCUCCCUCCGCCGGCUGCUAAAAUGAAGCAAAUCUCAUCGUGCCCGAACUGCCGCAAGCCGCUGCCGCGCUGCGGCGUGUGCCUGCUGCACCUGGGCACGGGCGCGGCGGGCGCGGUGGCGGGCGCGGGGGCGGGCGUGGGGGCGGGGGCGGGGGCGGGCGCGGCGGGCGCCAGCUUCGCGGGCUGGUUCUCGUGGUGCGCGGCCUGCCGCCACGGCGGGCACGCGCACCACAUGGCCGGCUGGUUCAAGGAGCACUCGGAGUGCCCGGUCAGCUCGUGCUCGUGCCGCUGCAGCUCGCUCGACGCGCCCGAUCGACACUAGCGCCUAACUUUUAUAAACAAAUCGUUUUGUUUUCCGUUAUUUUAUGAAAAUGGUGAAGACUGUUAACGGCGAUUGCUAUUUUUUGUACAAAAUCUUUUUUGAUAUUUUCUUUUCGUAUGCUACCUGCAAAAUGGCCACAUCUCAAAAUUUAUGAUUACUGGAGAUUAAAUCUUAAUCUUUAUCUUAAAAAUAAUAAAAUUAAGUUUCCUUUAAAAUACUUUAGUGCCCAAGUGACCGUAUUACAGGCACCAUACAUUUUUUUUUAUCGCUAGCGAUCCAAGUAAAACGAAGUGUACAAUUUUGAGUAUGAAUAAUUAAAACCUAACGUUUCGUUUUUUUAAUUAUCUGUAUCCAAAUUAUUAACACUGGUAAAUGAGACUAAAAUUUAAAACUCAAAAAAUGUUUUGUAUAAAAAAAAUCGCUUUUAUAAAUAGGUGACUCGUUUCUAGUCGAUACUUGUCCUAGUUCUUACCAAAUGUUUAGUUUAUCCACCAUAAUGGAAAAUGCCAGUGCUUUAACAGAAGCAUUCCUUUACUGUUGGCGACAUCUGGUGACAUUUUUAUAGUUUCCGUAAUAAUUCGGAUUAUCUACAUAUUGUUUUUUUUAAUAUAAUCUUCUAUCUGGCUCUCACACUGAAUAAUACGCACAAAAGAAAUAAGUGGUUUGAUAUUUUGUCAAAAUGUAAAAAUAAUGUCGUUUACGAACGAAGAAUUAUUUAGUUGAUCGAUCGAAAUAAUAUAAAACCAUUUUAAUUGUGUUGCGCUGAUAUAUCUUAUGGUUUUUUUUCCAAUUAUUAUAUCGAAAUUGUUUCAUGUCUGUCACCAUACAAUUUUUAUAUUUGUAGGCAAAUAAUUGAAAUAUUUUUAUACUUAGGUAAGCUUAUAUUUUUCUACAGUGUUAGGCUAAGCUUGUGCUAUUCUAUUUGAUUAGGUUUUUAACUGCCACUUUAAUAUUUUAAAGGUAGGGA